AUGGAUGAGGAGUCGACUGCUCAGAACUUCAUAAAUGUGGCCAAACAAGGUGAUCUUUCACCUAGACAUAUGGAACAAGCAAAAUCUACUCUCAAAGGUAGAAGGAAGCAAGCAAAGGAGACAUCAACAGCCCCAGCAGGAGUAAUGGAUGCUAUCAUUUGGAAUGUUAGAUCAGUGAAUACCAUGCAGGCAUUUGAAAGGCUAAUUACAAUGCACAGACAACACCAUUUUGAAUUCAUUGGAGUUAUUGAACCUAUGCAACAAUCAAACAAGAUGGAAAGAUAUAGAGCAAGAAUAGGUUUAGCACAAGCAGUGGUGAACAUAUCAAACAAAAUCUGGGCUUUUAUAGAUGAAAUCUUUGAGGUUACUAUCUUAUAUAAUAUGACUCAACAGUUGACUCUAAGAUUGUUUCACACUGAAACAUAUGUUGAGCUCAUCCUUACACUUAUUUAUGCAAAAUGUGAUCAUAUUGAAAGAAUAGAGUUGUGGGACACAUUGUUUGCAAUGGCCUCAGAUAUGGCAGUGCCUUGGCUAGUGGGAGGUGAUUUUAAUGUAAUUUGGGAUGAAGAAAAGAAGUUUGGAGGAUUGCCAGUAUCUAUCAAUGAGGUUGAUGAUUUUAGGCAUUGCAUCAAUACUUGUAAUUUGACUGAUUUAGGAUUCAAAGGAAGCAUAUAUACAUGGUGGAAUGGAAGAUCAGAGGAGGACUGUAUUUUUAAAAGACUGGAUAGAUGUUUUGGCAAUAUUGAACUGCAGCAGACCUUUCCUGGGCUGGAGAUUACUCAUUUGUCUAAAACUGGUUCGGAUCAUUGUCCAAUGCUGCUCAAAUGUGAUAUUGAAACCCCUCCUAUCAAGAAGCCCUUCAGAUUUCUUAAUUUCUGGGUGAAACAUGCAUCAUUUAAGGAUGUAGUAAAGGAAAAUUGGAAGCAGAUUUCUAAGAUAGCAAGUUUGGAAGAAGUAGUGCUAGUACAUGAAAGGCAGUUUGAAGUGUCUCCUACUCAGAUGAACAAGUUAAGGUUACAAAAAGUGCAGGCAGAGAUGAUAAAAUACCUGGCAUUAGAAGAAGAGUUCUGGAGACAAAAAGCUGGCAUGAUGUGGUUUAAGGAUGGAGAUAGAAAUACAAAGUUUUUCCAUGCACAAGUGAAUGGGAGGAGGAAGAGAUUGAAGUUAACAAGAAUCAAAAAUAAUCAAGGUGAUUGGUUAGAAGAAGAUCAUUUGAUAGCUGAGGAGGCUGUACAAUUUUAUAAGGAGCAGUUUACUGAGAGUGUAGUUCCUACUACAUUUGAUAUUCUAAAUCAUGUUCCUACAAUGAUUGAUAGUGAGCAGAAUGAGAAGCUGAUGGAAAUGCCAUCAAAAAAAUGA